AUUGUGGAGCCGCCAGAGCUCAGCAGGGGGUUGGAGCCCGCAGCAGCCGGGAGCGGGACCAUGCGCCCCCACAGCCGGGGCAGCCAGGGGCCCAGCGAGACGGUCGUCUGCGCCACCCGCGCCACGGUGAUGCUGUAUGACGAUGCCAACAAGAAGUGGGUGACAGCGGGGAGCGGCCCCCAGGCUGUCAGCUGGGUGCAGAUCUACCAUAGCCCGGGCAGCAACACCUUCCGCGUGGUGGGCCGCAAGAUGCAGGCGGACCAGCAGGUGGUCAUUAACUGUGCGAUCGUGAAGGGGAUGAAAUACAACCAGGCCACGCCCAACUUCCACCAGUGGCGCGACGCCCGCCAGGUCUGGGGGCUCAACUUCGGCAGCAAGGAGGACGCCAGCCAGUUUGCCAGCGGGAUGCUGCUCGCCCUGGACCGGCUGGAGGCGGGCUUGGCUCCGUCUGGGCCUCCCCAGAACGGCCCCUCCCCAGAUGAGAUGGAGCAGCAGAGAAGGCAGCAGCUGGAGCAGGAACAGGAGCGCAGGGUGGUCAGUGCAGUCCCCGUCGCCCCCUGCAGGCGGAAAGCCACGCUGCCCGGCGAGAGGCCUGGGCCAAAGAAAGAUGACGACGUUUCCAGCCAAGAUGCCGCCGACCCCUCAGGUACUAGGACCCCGAGCCUGCAGAGCGACUCGGUGCGGAGGCCCUGGGAGAAGAACAGCUCCACCCUGCCCAGGAUGAAAUCAGGUGCCCCCAGCAGCACGGAGUCCCCGGCCAGCACAGAGGAGUCUGACCUGGAGCGGAUAAAACAGGAGCUGCUGAGGAGGUGCGCCGGGAGCUGCAGAAACUGAAGGAGGAGAUCCAUUCGAGCCGUUCGUGCUGGAACUGCGGAAGCGGGGCUCGCCCUAGCCCCCCCAUCCCGCCCGGCCGGGGGUCCCAGGGCUGCCCAGGCUCCUGCGCCGCCCGCGGGUUUAUCGUCUUUGACACGCACCCCUCCCCCUCACACUUGAAGCCCCUCCCCCAUGCACCCCCUCCUCCGGCCGGUGGUUACCGGGGCACCAGCCCCACUGUGCAAUUCCAGGGGGUGGCCCAAAUUCCUGGAGACCCCCCCUCCAAUCCCCCUGGGGCUGCCCCGGGAGCUCCCAGGCUGUGCCUUACCCCUGGGGCGGGAGCAGAGCAAUAGCGCCCCCUGCAGGCUGCUGCCUACCAAAGGGCCCCUCCCCCCAGAGAGCAGGACUGGGGGGUCUCCAGGCAGAGACGGUGUCAUUCCUGCCCCCCAGGAGCAGCCACAGAGCUGCCUCCCCUGGAGGCCCGGCAUGACUGGGAGAUUCCCUGCAACACCCCCGCCCUGCCCUGAAUUGGAGGGCCAGGGCCCCCUAGGGAUCCCCCAGCUGUACACCCCCCCAGGGAUCCCCCCCAGUCCUGCCCUGUGUCCACUCUCUGCUUCCCAGACCCUGGCUCUGCUGGGUUCAGCUUGUUUUAUAGUUUUUUACACGGGGGGGGCGGGGGGAGUUUUUUAAUCUUGUACUUUGGGGGUGGGGGCCCCCAGCUGGGCAGUGACCAGUGUCCUGAGGGGGGGUGGAUCCUUUACCCCCGGCAGGGGAGGGGCAGGCUCUCAGCUCUUUUCUAUGCGGCUGUUAAUGUUCACUUUAUUUUUUUGGGUUGUUGGUUUUUUACUGAUUUCUGGGGCAUUUGUGCCCGGUACCAGGGUGAGACUCUUUUCCCCUCCCCUCCCCGUGCUGCCUGGCACCAGGCCUCCGCCUGGCAGUGGGCACGGACCUUGGUACCCAGUUCUGGAAUAAAUCUUUUCUUUUUGUAAGUUA